AGGCCGGCCCACCGGCCGGUCGGAGCGGCGUGCGCAUGCGCCCCAAGCGCGGCGGCUUGUUUCCCGGCCGCCUGCCCUUUCGCUAGAAGCGACGGUGUCUCACGCCAGCGAGCGAGCGCGCCUUUCCCGCUCUUUUGUCCCCCUCUGGCCACCCGUAGCAUGCUGUCCCUUGACCCGCAGCGGCUCCGGGGUGAAAGGGCGGGCGGCCAUUUUGUGGCGGUUGGUCGUCUCUGAGGCGCGGGGGGCCCCCGAGUGGGCGGGCGGCGGGGCCGGGCCGGUCCAACCAGGGCCGGGCACAGCCGAAGCGCGGCGCUCCUCUUCCCCGUCCGCUCCCGCCAUGUCCUCGUUCUCGGAGUCGGCGCUGGAGCGGAAGCUGUCGGAGCUGAGCAACUCCCAGCAGAGCGUCCAGACGCUGAGCCUGUGGCUCAUCCACCACCGCAAGCACGCCGGGCCCAUCGUCACCGUCUGGCACCGCGAGCUCCGUAAGGCAAAGUCAAGUCGGAAACUGACUUUUCUAUACUUGGCAAACGACGUCAUCCAGAACAGUAAAAGGAAGGGACCUGAGUUUACAAGAGAAUUUGAAUCAGUUCUCGUGGAUGCUUUUUCACAUGUUGCCAGAGAGGCAGAUGAGGGCUGCAAAAAACCCUUGGAGCGAUUGCUGAACAUCUGGCAAGAGAGGAGCGUGUAUGGCAGUGAAUUCAUACAGCAGCUGAAAUUGUCUAUGGAAGACUCCAAUAGCCCCCAACCCAAAGAGGAGAAGAAGGCCUUGAAGCGGACAUUUCAGCAGAUACAAGAAGAGGAAGAUGAUGAUUACCCAGGGAGCUACUCCCCACAGGACGCCAAUGCUGGCCCCCUUUUGACCGAGGACUUGAUCAAAGCCCUGCAAGAUCUGGAAAACGCAGCAUCGGGAGAUGCCACGGUGCGGCAGAAAAUUGCUUCUCUUCCCCAGGAGGUUCAGGAUGUGUCGCUGUUAGAGAAGAUUACAGACAAAGAGGCAGCCGAGCGCCUUUCGAAGACUGUGGACGAGGCGUGUUUGCUGCUAGCUGAGUACAAUGGGCGACUGGCGGCAGAACUAGAAGACCGGCGCCAGCUGGCACGCAUGCUGGUUGAGUACACCCAGAACCAGAAGGAUGUGCUGACGGAGAAGGAGAAAAAGCUAGAAGCUGAUGUGCCUGUGCCUUUCUUAAAGCCCCACCCUCAGCACCAGGGGCCAGGAAGUCAGCUGUGGGGAAACUCUCUGCACAUGCUCAGCGGUGUUCUCUUCUGCUCACAUAUUGCAGAGGAUGAGCCUUCUUUGCAAAUGGAGUCUUCAAGGCAGGCCUGCAUGGUGCUUCUGCCUGAUACUGCAGCUUGGUUCUGCCUCCCUAGGAGUAGCAAGAGGAGGAGCAGUGUUUGAAGCUGCCUUCCCCAACAUGGACGAUUAGACAAAUUCAUGGAGAAGGAUAUGAAAGGCUACCAGCCACAAUGGCUAUGCUCGGCCUCCACAAUCUGAGGGGGUAUGCUUCUGAAUAAUACCAGCUGUUGGAAACCACAGGAGGAGAGAGUGCUCUUGCGCUCAGGUCAAGCUUGGGGGCUUCCCAUUGAGUCAUCUGUGUUGCGCCCCAUAUGUCACAGGGGUUAGAUCAAGGAGGGAAGUCAGAGGAAGACAAGGCUGGCCCGCAGGCUCCAUUGGUCAGCCCUCCCAUGGAGGCAGUUCCCGAUCCACCCGCGAGCCCCCUGCCUGGGCCAUUGGAAGGCGAUCCUUUGAGUGUGCCAACCCCACCUUUGCAGCACUCCCUGCCCGGCACUUCAAACAACAGCCCGCCAACCAGCUUCUUGCUCCCUGAGUCUGAGUCGGCACCUAUCAAACUCUCAGUGUCAGAUGAGCCGUCGGAAGCUUGCCCACCCUCACCCUGCAUGAGAAGGUGGGAGAAGAGGGGCCUUGAGAGGGUGGAACUUUGCAGGAGCCAUCGAUUACCGGUGAAGACCUUCCCUACUUAAGCAGGCACCCACCCAGGUUCCAGUGCUGAUUCAACUCUCCCCAAAUGCUGCAGAGACUGCUUAGGUAGUAGUGAGGUAGCUUAGACAGGUUUAUGAAGGGAACUGCCUUGG